AUGCUGUGGAAAAAGACGGGCAAGUGGUCGGCGCGACACGAUCCCACAGCGCAGCAAAUAACUACCCUACCAACCUACCCGGAAACAGACAGGUUCAGCAUUGUCUCGGGAGAAGCACGAUGCAGUUGGUCUCUAGGCCACUCCACGGUCAAAGUGACGGGUAACAUUACUGGGCAACGAAAUAGGGCAGCCGAUACUGUGUCGCAGGUGAGAUGCGUCGUGGCAUCUAUUCGUGGUAACGAGGUCCGAAAUCUCGGCUCUUUUAUUGAUGUAUAA